CAUCGAGUCUAGGUCACUCUCAUCGGAGUCUCGGUAAGGUUGCUCCGGCGGACAGGGGCGUCGACUAACACUAGAGGGUUCCUCCCGGCUUCCUUCUACUACAAACUCGUCCCGUCCAUCGUCUAUACCAGCGGGAGGGCAAGAGAGGGGUUUCUAGGGUUUUAAUAGUUGCAGACAUUCAAAGUCGGGGAGAGAUGAGUAUCUGGAACUAUGUUGUGACUGCUCACAAGCCGACCAACGUCACCCAUUCCUGUGUCGGCAACUUUACUGGUUCGCAGGAGCUCAAUUUGAUCAUCGCGAAAUGCACUCGUAUCGAGAUUCAUUUACUCACUUCUCAAGGUUUACAGCCUAUGUUGGACGUGCCAAUUUAUGGAAGAAUUGCCACACUUGAGCUUUUUCGUCCGCAUGGGGAAUCACAAGAUCUGCUUUUUAUUGCAACUGAAAGAUACAAAUUUUGUGUUCUUCAAUGGGAUGCAGAGACAUCCGAGGUUAUUACAAGGGCAAUGGGAGAUGUCUCUGAUCGAAUUGGCCGUCCCACUGAUAAUGGGCAGAUUGGCGUAAUUGACCCAGAUUGCAGAUUGAUUGGACUUCAUCUAUAUGAUGGAUUAUUCAAGGUGAUACCAUUUGAUAACAAAGGCCAGAUGAAGGAAGCUUUCAACAUGAGGCUAGAAGAACUUCAAGUUUUGGAUAUCAAAUUCUUGUAUGGCUGUUCAAAGCCUACCAUAGUUGUUCUUUACCAGGAUAAUAAAGAUGCCCGUCAUGUCAAAACAUACGAGGUUUCAUUGAAAGAUAAAGAUUUUAUUGAGGGUCCAUGGUCUCAAAAUAACCUUGAUAAUGGAGCUGAUUUGCUCAUCCCUGUGCCAUCACCUCUCUGUGGUGUACUUAUUAUCGGGGAAGAAACCAUUGUAUAUUGCAGUGCCACAGCUUUUAAGGCAAUACCCAUUAGACCUUCCGUUACAAAAGCAUAUGGAAGGGUGGAUGCUGAUGGAUCUCGCUAUAUACUUGGGGACCACAAUGGGCUUCUUCAUCUACUUGUUAUAACUCAUGAAAAGGAAAAAGUUACUGGACUCAAAAGUGAGCUUUUGGGAGAGACUUCAAUUGCAUCAACAAUUUCUUACCUGGAUAAUGCUGUUGUGUAUAUUGGAUCUAGUUUUGGAGAUUCACAGCUUAUAAAGCUUAAUUUCCAGCCUGAUGCUAAAGGUUCAUACGUAGAAGUUUUAGAAAGAUAUGUCAAUUUGGGACCAAUUGUGGACUUCUGUGUGGUUGACAUUGAGAGACAAGGUCAAGGUCAAGUUGUAAUUUGCUCGGGGGCGUAUAAAGAUGGAUCACUUCGAGUUGUUCGCAAUGGAAUUGGGAUUAAUGAACAGGCAUCUGUAGAACUUCAAGGCAUCAAGGGAAUGUGGUCACUUAGAUCUGCUACAGAUGAUGCAUAUGACACCUUUUUGGUUGUGAGCUUUAUUAGUGAAACCCGAGUUUUGGCAAUGAACCUUGAGGAUGAACUCGAAGAAACCGAGAUAGAAGGUUUUAACUCCCAAGUACAAACUUUGUUCUGCCAUGAUGCCAUCCACAAUCAGCUCGUGCAGGUUACAUCAAGCUCAGUGAGAUUGGUGUGUUCUAGCUCCAGAGAGCUGAAAGACGAAUGGCAUGCUCCAUCCAGUUAUUCGAUCAAUGUCGCCACUGCAAAUGAGACACAGGUAUUAUUGGCUACCGGGGGUGGCCAUUUAGUUUACCUAGAAAUUGGCGAUGGAAAGUUGAUCGAAUCAAAACACACACAGUUGGAGCAUGACAUCUCCUGCUUGGAUAUAAAUCCAAUUGGUGAUAAUCCAAACUAUAGUCAUCUAGCUGCUGUUGGGAUGUGGACUGACAUAAGUGUUAGGAUAUAUUCUCUACCUGAACUGAAUCUCAUAAAAAAGGAGCCCUUAGGAGGAGAAAUAAUUCCUCGUUCUGUCCUUCUAUGUUCCUUUGAAGGGAUAUCUUAUUUGCUAUGUGCCCUUGGAGAUGGUCAUCUCAUGAAUUUCGUUUUGGACGUGCAUAGUGGUGAGCUAGCAGACAGAAAGAAAGUAUCUCUUGGGACUCAACCUAUAACUCUUCGCACUUUCUCAUCAAAGAAUGCCACACAUGUUUUUGCUGCUUCUGAUAGGCCAACUGUCAUCUAUGGCAGUAACAAGAAAUUGCUUUACAGCAAUGUGAACCUCAAAGAAGUUAGCCAUAUGUGUCCGUUCAAUUCUGCUGCCUUUCCAGACAGCCUUGCAAUUGCUAAAGAAGGUGAGCUAACAAUUGGCACCAUUGAUGACAUUCAGAAGCUUCACAUCCGCUCCAUUCCGCUCGGGGAGCAUGCGCGCCGUAUUUGUCAUCAAGAACGGACCCGCACAUUUGCAUUAUGUUGCUUGAAAUAUAAUCAGUCAAAUGCAGAAGAUACUGAAGUUCAUCUUAUCCGCUUGCUAGAUGACCAGACUUUUGAAUUCAUAUCAACUUACCCACUCGAUCAAUUUGAACAUGGCUGUUCCAUUAUUAGCUGCUCCUUCUCUGAUGAUAAUAAUGCAUACUACUGCGUUGGAACUGCAUAUGUAAUGCCUGAGGAAAAUGAACCUUCAAAGGGCCGCAUAUUAGUUUUUAUUGUUGAGGAUGGGAAGCUCCAACUAAUUGCAGAGAAAGAAACUAAAGGAGCUGUAUACUCAUUAAAUGCCUUUAACGGAAAAUUGCUUGCUGCAAUCAAUCAAAAGAUUCAGCUAUACAAGUGGAUGCUCCGCGAUGAUGGUACACGUGAAUUGCAGUCUGAGUGCGGACAUCAUGGCCAUAUACUAGCCCUCUAUGUUCAAACUCGUGGAGAUUUCAUUGUUGUAGGUGAUCUGAUGAAAUCAAUUUCUCUGUUGAUAUACAAGCAUGAGGAGGGUGCUAUUGAGGAGCGGGCUCGUGAUUACAAUGCGAAUUGGAUGACAGCUGUUGAGAUCCUUGAUGAUGAUAUAUACCUUGGCGCUGAGAACAACUAUAACCUCUUCACGGUCAGGAAAAACAGCGAAGGCACAACCGAUGAGGAGCGAAGCCGUCUCGAAGUGGUGGGUGAAUUCCACCUCGGCGAGUUUGUGAAUCGCUUCCGACAUGGUUCUCUGGUCAUGAGACUCCCUGAUUCGGACGUUGGUCAGAUACCCACGGUCAUCUUCGGCACGGUGAACGGUGUUAUUGGACUCAUUGCCUCACUUCCAUCCGAACAAUACACGUUCUUGGAGAAGCUGCAGUCAAAUCUAAGGAAAGUUAUAAAGGGUGUGGGAGGGCUGAGCCACGAGCAAUGGAGGUCGUUUUAUACAGACAAGAAAACCGUUGAUUCGAAGAACUUCUUGGACGGGGAUUUGAUCGAAUCGUUCCUUGAUCUUAGUCGGGCUCGGAUGGAUGAGAUAUCAAAGGCAAUGGACGUUCCCGUGGACGAACUCAUGAAGAGAGUCGAAGAGUUGACAAGGUUGCACUGAUCAUGAUGCAUUCAUGAUCCUUCUUGUUGUACAAGAACUACCACCAUAAUGUUGAUAAAUUAUAUUUAAUAUU